GCCGCACUGAGGGGCUCGAGUCGCAAAAGCACGCCGUGCACGCACUCUGCUUGAACCAACAACAAAUAACACGGCCGUCAUGACAGAGGAACAGAGCUUUGACGAAGGCGUCGAAAGACACGGUGUAAAGUCUUCGUCUCGCCUGGUCUGCAACGACUGCUCAGAAAGCCAACUCCAACAGUUGCAUUCAAGCCUUUCGGCGAAUACCAUAGAUGUGUCAUCAGAUGUUGUCCAACAUUUUUACUGUGGUGAAUCUGGGGACCAAGAAGGGGAUGCUCAGAAUCAAGACAAGAAACCUCCAUUGCGUCGUACGGGAAGCGGAGACAUAAUCAUUGGUGAAGUCAUGCUCAUGGAACCACGGCGGCGUACCCAAGGUGCAUCCGGUGAAGGACUUACUUUCUUGUCAGAUUUGGUUCAAAUUGAGCUGGACGCUGGAACAGAACCGGCUUCUUCACAGGGCGAGCCUGCCUGCACAGACGAUGUGACGGCGUCGUGGGCUGAACGGGGCAAGACAGCCGGAAAGAUAGUCGCCGCCUUAGCUAUGGUUGCCGCUUGGGUGUGUGUCGUCGCUACCACAAGUACUUACUAUUUUCUCGGAGCCAGACUCGGCUGGACGGACAACAGCGACAAGUCAUCGAAUUCAACCUCCUAGCGGCAGGAUAUAGGCAACACCUGCGUGACGUUGCGCUUUGUUGGAAGACCAUGUCUUAUUCUCAGAUCCCGUACGAGCUUCAUAAACACUCGUCUGUACAAUGUGUAUCAUAUCAUUAAAAACGAAAUACUC